AUGACUGAUCCACUUUUGAGACCAUUCGACAAGGAGCGGCUUCCCACAAUCCGCCGUCAUGGGUACUGGCGUCAACCUGUGCCCGGGAGUGAAGCCAACAACACGGAGCUCCAGUAUGAAGAUUGGAGGAAUGAGAAGAUCUUGGGGAGAGGAACAUAUGGCACUGUACGGCUGGUCAGGAGUGCUCAAGAUGAGAAAAAGAUGCGUGCAGUAAAGGAGGUUUUUAAGAUCAACACACCAACCGCCCUCGCAAGCCGAGAGUUGCAGGCCUUGAUUGCGCUCCAGAAGCACCCAGAACACUUCGUUAAGUUUUUUGGAUGGUGGGAAGAUGAUGAGUGCUUCUAUUUCGCCAUGGAAUACAUUGAGAAAGGCGACUUGAUGUCCCUCCUCAAAGACAAUAAGCUCACAGAGAUGGAUGCACGGACCAUUGCAAAGCAGAUUUUGGAAGGUCUACAAACCAUGCACCAAAAUCACAUCUGUCACCGCGAUGUCAAGCCGGACAAUAUCCUAGCCAUAUCAUGGUUGCCUGGACCGCUCCGAGUAAAGUUAACUGAUUUUGGUUGCGCCAAGUUCGGAGCUGGUACGGGGUUACGGACGACUAUUGGCACUGUGGGUUAUAUGGCUCCGGAAGUUCUAGGUUAUGACGAUGAUCAAGAGACAUCUAAUUACACAUAUGAAGCCGAUAUAUGGUCUCUCGGGUGUGUGAUAUACUAUGUUAUGACGAGGAAGCUUCCAUUAGUAGGAUUUCGCUCGUAUAUGAAGUACAUCAGAGGGCAGAUACCGUUGCCCAGCGAGAAGUUGAUCCAAAACGGCGUGAGCCAGAGCGGAAUAGAUUUCAUCAGCAUGCUCAUGAGUCCAGAUCGAGACAAAAGACCCAGUGCUAAAAUGGCGUUACAACAUGAGUGGCUUUAUGCUGUUACCGCGGAGAAAAAGUCAAACCCGGCAAGAGUGUCUUUGGCGGGGGAAGCGGGUGUAAAAAAGCCAAUUGUUAUUACCAUUUACCCUGAGAGUCACGAAUUGCCUUCUGGGUUACGUGAGUGCGCACCUCUCAGCCCACUAGUACACCAGCGUUCGGGCCACUGCGCAAGUACUCACCAAUUACUGCGCAUUACCCCCCCAAACACCCCUACCUCCCCGGGCCCCCCGGCCGGCCCAGACAAUAGGCGCCGUCGUGCAAGAAAUAGAGUGCGUCCUGCGCCAAUAAUGGAUUCUCGACGCCGGUUGAAGUGGCUGACCUUGCCCGUUUUCCUUUCCGGCGUAACGGGGGUGAGACAUGGUAUUGAGCAUUUGAGGGGGGAACGGCGUAAUAUUGAGAGACCAGUAUUCCUCCGCAAUUUCUUUUCAUCUCCGCCCCCGCUACUCGCGUUUAUCGUUCCACCCACCCUUGCCUUCAGUUUAUUCUUCCGAUCCAUUCUAUCCUUUACCAUGUCAAUACUACCUAUCUUACACGCCAUCAGAGAAAGUCCAAAAUUUAUAUAUAGAGACAGAUUUGGCCGCGGGUAA